UCGACUCUCUAAACUUAACCAUUCUCCAGGACUCAAUUGAGCUCCUUCUUUUCACGAAACCUCCAUAUCUACUAGCGUAUUCCUAACUCAUUUGAUCUCUACCUCAAAAUCACGAUUACAAGCUGCCCAGCUAAUGAGCCUACCCCGAGGCAUCCGACUCUUUCGCACAACCAUGUCCGGCGAAAAGAUAUACGAAGGCGUCCUCGCCGUCCACAAACCCCAAAGCGUUACCUCCGCCGAUGUUAUCCGCAAGCUGCAAUCUCACUUCAAACCCUCCGAGCUUUUCCGCCCCUGGAUCGAGCAUGAGCGCGCCGAGCGCGCCCGUUCCUCCUCCCGCGAAGCGAAAUUCUCCCGCAAGCGCAGGAACAAGAACAUCGAUGUAAAAAUCGGACAUGGUGGUACCCUUGAUCCCCUUGCUACAGGUGUGUUGGUUACAGGUGUGGGCAAGGGAACCAAGCAGUUGAAUGAUUUCCUGGGAUGUACCAAGACGUACGAGGCGGUUGUGGUUUUCGGGGCGGAGACGGACUCGUAUGAUCGAGUUGGAAAGAUUGUGAGGCGCGGGCCAUAUGCGCAUGUCACGCGCGAGGGAGUCGAAAAGGCGCUUGCACAAUUCCGGGGAAAGAUUAUGCAACAUCCGCCUAUUUUCUCGGCGUUGAAGGUGAAGGGGAAGAAGUUGUAUGAGUAUGCGCGGGAGGGGCAGCUGCCGCCGAUUGAGAUCCAGGCGAGACCGGUCGAGGUUUCGAAUUUGGAGAUUUUGGAGUGGUAUGAGCCGGGUACGCAUGAGCAUAAGUGGCCUGAGGAGGAGGCACCGGAAGAGGAGAAGUCUGUUGCCGAGAAACUGCUUGCAAAGGAUGAUGCGCUACCUGUUGCUGUAUCUGCGGAGGAGAAUCAACCUGAGAAGCAGGUGCUUGAGACUUCAUCUGCGACGAAGCGUCCCGCAGAGAGUCAGGAAGAAGAGAAAGAACAGCCAACUGCCACAACAGAAGUGACACCCGACGACUCCGCCCCGGCACCCAAAAAACAAAAGGUCUCCGAUGACACCGCACAAGACGCACCCACAGAACAACCAGCAGCCACCGAAACCUCCGAACCCAAGACCGAAUCUAACGAAAACCCUCAACCUCCUGCUGUCAAAAUCACCAUGACCGUCUCCUCCGGCUUCUACGUCCGCUCCCUCGCACACGACCUAGGGAAAGCCCUUGGCAGCUGCGCCCUCAUGAGCGAGCUCUCCCGUACUCGCCAGGCGGACUUUACACUUGAUUCUGAUAAGAUUCUCGAGUACAAGGACUUGGAUGCUGGGGAGGAAGUUUGGGGCCCAAAAGUGCAAGGCUUCUUGGAAGAGUGGGAGAAGAAGAGGGAGAGAGAUGCGAGGGCUGGGUCCUCGUGAUUUUAUUGUAUAUAUCUGGCGUGUUCAUAAAAGUUCACGGUUCAAGGGCAAUGUUCUACAUCUCCAAUCUGUCCCAGCCACUCAAAAUGCACAACAUCAAUGAUCUUCCGCAAGUUACCAGGAUGGAGCAGACUUUGUGUGCUACUCGCCAAUCAGGAUGUGCUUGAAAUUCGAUGCGCAGCACACUCCAGACCCAUGUCUGUGCGCCGUUUUAAUAGCAUAUUAUGGCGCAUCGCCCGUGACAGGUCUAAGUUUUUCUUCAGCUUCAAUGUGGAUGAGGGAAAGCCAAGAUACAGGGUUACAUGUAAGUAGGGUUUACAUGCCUCAGGACAUGUUCGUGUCCUUUUCUUCUUUUCUCUAUAUGAUCAACAAGCACACAUAUUAGAACCUUAUGAGACAUCUUCUCGCUUUCUCACUCAUAUAUCACAGCAUGGCUCAGCAUGAUUUCGAUGCCCAUGUUCAGCCCAAAGUUG